ACUAACCGAAGAGCAGCCUGCUUGUGCACGGUUCUGUUGCUGAAUGCAGGACAUUAAACAUCCAUCUUAUUCAAGGCUUCAAGCUUACAAUCUUUUUAUCCUGGAGAGAAAUUCUAAACCACCUCCCUGCCCAGUGGACUCAAGUUAGCAGCAACGAAAGGUGUGCCCACAGUUUUUGUUCUUGACCCAUUUGGAGAUUUCAUGGCAACUUUCUAUUUCAUUCUCUUGGAUAUAUAAUAUCACUCUGCGCGGGACUGAAAAGUUUUUUUGUUUUUUUUCUUCCGAUCCGCCCUUCAGUCUGCUCGUCCAUCCAGGAGCAGCAGGGGAGAAACACAAACGCAACUUCCACCUAGCUGACAAGCAUUCUGCUUGUUAACAAAUAAUACCAUGCAGGAUCCAAGCCAUUACACGAGGGCCAUGUGAAUUAAACAAUCGAAAAUCUAAUAAAAGAGGAAGAAGUGCGCGCUCACGGCGAAGCGCAGCAUCAGCACCAGCAUCUGAUGCGCGUCCCCGCCCCGGUAGAGGUUGCCCGAGAUCCCGGGAAGAGGAGUUGGAGCUGCGCGAGUUAAAGUUGGGCCAAAGAGGGGGGGUGGAGGAUGCUGCAGAACAAUCUACGGUCUUUUUAACACAGCCUUUGCGGAGAAACGGGUUCUAACUGAAGGAUGCCUUGCAAAAUACUGAGCAUAUGCCUCUUAUGUCUGGGUUUUCAACACUGCUCAUCACGAGAAUGUGUUGAUCCGCUGAUCUCCAGUCUUUACGCCUCCUCUUUCCUGGCCUCCUCCAGAUAUAACUUUCUUUACUCUGCCAAUUUUGCCAAAUUAUACGGCAGCAGUGGCUGGUCCCCGUCUCCCAGGGACAGACAGCCAUGGCUGCAGGUCGACCUGGGCAGGAAGUAUCGCCUGGUGGCCAUCGCCACCCAAGGGACCUUCAACUCAUAUGACUGGAUCACCAAGUACACCCUGCUCUAUGGAGACCGGCCGGACUCCUGGACGCCGUACAUCAUGAAAGGAGGCAACUCCACGCUGCCUGCGAACUGGAAUUAUUAUCAGGAGAAGAGGAAUGUCUUCCAUUACUCCUUCACUGCUAAACACAUUCGUCUGCUGCCUCUGGCGUGGAACACGGAGAAUGGAGGGAAGAUUGGCGUGAGGCUGGAGCUGUAUGGCUGUUCAUAUGAUUCCUAUGUGCUACAGUACAACGGGGAUGACUCAGUAGUCUACAUGUACCCAGAAAAGAGGUCCCGUACACUACAGGACCACAUUGCCAUAAACUUCAAGACCCUGGAGCAGGACGGUCUGCUGUUACACAGCGAGGGGAUUCAAGGAGACCUCUUCACCCUGGAGCUGAAGCGAGGCCGUCUUUACCUGCACAUCAGCCUCGGAAGCAGUGUAAUACACAAAGUUGAUGGUCGGACUACGCUGAGUGCUGGCAGCCUUCUGGAUAAUCUGCACUGGCACUAUGUGACCAUCAAGCGCUAUGGUCGACAGGUGAACUUCACAGUGGACAGUCACACAGUCACAGCCAUCUGUAAAGGAGAGUUUACGCACCUUGAUCUGGACACGCAGUUAUACGUAGGAGGCGUGAUAGAGCAAAAUCUGCCUCACCUGCCCACAACACAAAAUUUCCAGGGCUGCCUGGAGAACGUCUUCAUCAAUGGCGUCAAUAUCAUCAACAUGGCUAAGAGAGAAGAACCGGAAAUCCGCAUCCCACGAAAGAAAAAGAUGCACUACGCCUGCAGGGACAUUCUGCUCAAGCCGAUGACCUUUGCCGGGCCCAACAACUACCUGCAGGUGCCGGGCUUCUUCAGGAGGCCUCGCAUGUUCGUCAAGUUCAAGUUCCGCUCGUGGGACUACACGGGCCUGCUAAUGUUCACGCGAUUCGCAGACGACCUCGGUGCCCUCGAGCUCGGACUUAGCGAGGGACAGAUUAACGUCACCAUAUUCCAGCCUGGGAAGAAGAAACUCCAGUUUGCUGCAGGCUACCGGCUUAAUGAUGGUUACUGGCACACGGUGGAUUUGGCAGCCAGAGACAACCUGCUGACCCUCACGAUUGACGAGGAGGAGGGCUCUCCCCUUAAGAUCACCAAUCCAUUCACCAUUCGAACAGGAGACCGCUACUUCUUUGGAGGUUGCCCAAAAACCAAUAACACCAUACGGAAGUGUGAGACAAAGUUGAACCGCUUCCACGGUUGCAUGCAGCAUAUCUUCAUAGACAAUGAACAACUCGAUAUCGACAUUAUUCUGCAACGACAGUGGGGACGCUAUGCAGAGUUGUUGUUGGGCACUUGUGGCAUCACCGACAGAUGUAGUCCAAAUCCAUGUGAACAUGAAGGCAGAUGCAUCCAGUCCUGGGACGACUUCAUCUGUCUGUGUGAGAACACAGGCUAUAAAGGAGAAGUGUGUCACAUGUCGGUUUAUAAAGAAUCAUGUGAGGCUUACAGACUCAGUGGCAAGUAUUGGUCUGGAAACUACACCAUCGAUCCUGAUCUCAGCGGGCCACUGAAACCAUUUGAAGUGUACUGCAAAAUGAAGUCUUAUAAAGCUUGGACGGUGAUUCUGCACGACCGUGUGGAUGGUACAAAGGUGACUGGGAGUUCAAUAGACCGGCCGUACAUAGGAAACGUCAACUACUGGAACGCCUCCUGGGACGAAGUCACCGCUCUAGCCAACACCUCACUGUACUGCGAGCAGUGGAUCGACUACUCCUGCUACAAGUCCCGUCUCCUCAACACCCCGAACGGAAGACCUUUUGGUUACUGGAUUGGUCGUAACAACGCGAGUCACUAUUACUGGGGCGGAACCUUCAGAGAGGUUCAAAAGUGUGGCUGCGCUAUCAACCAAACCUGCACCGAUCCCAAGUUUCAGUGCAACUGUGACGCUGACUAUAGACAAUGGUACUCAGAUAAGGGCUACUUGGACUUCAGAGACCACCUGCCUGUUAGGAAGGUGGUGGUCGGGGACACCAACAGGACCGGCUCAGAAGCACAAUUCACCGUCGGGCCCCUCCGCUGCCAUGGCGAUAAAAACAUCUGGAACACAAUAGCCUUCACCAAGCCCACCUACAUAACCUUCCCGACCUUCCGGCCGGGCUCCAGCGCUGACAUCUCCUUCCACUUCAAAACCUACCGUGACCACGGCGUGUUCUUGGAGAACUCUGAUGACCAGCUGCGAAACUUUAUUCGGAUAGAGAUGAAUAGCACCCAUAACCUGCUCUUUGUAUUUAUGGUUGGUGACGGCAUCGUUAAUGUGACACUACGCUCACCCGUGCCUCUUAAUGACAACGAGUGGCACUUUGUUCAAGCUGAGAUUAAUGUGAAGCUGGCCCGCAUCAAGGUGGAUUAUCAGCCUUGGGCUGUCACACGUUUUCCAGGUCAGACUUUCGUCACCAUGAAGUUUACGCACCCUGUCCUAGUAGGUGCAGCUAACCGCACACUGAGACCUUUCUUGGGGUGUCUUCGAGGAUUGCGGAUGAACGGUGUUCCCCUUGAUCUUGAGGGGAAAGUAAAUGAAGAACAGGGGAUAAGGAGGAACUGUACUGGACAGUGUCUCAAUGCUAGUAUUCCAUGCCGCAACGACGGCCAGUGCAUAAAAUCGGGCAUGAUAACACACUGGUACGAGCUGUCUCAUCUAAACCUGGCAGACGGAUACCCCCACUACGUCAACAUAACCAGACACAACCGAACCAUUAAAACACAGGUGGAUUACAUGGAGCCCAUCGUGGAAAAGAUAGUCCUAGUGGAGGACGCUAGGUUUGACUCUCCAAAGUCCAUGUUCAUGGGCAGAGUGAUGGAGGUUGGUGACAUUGACUAUGAGGUCCAAAGACAUAAUGCUCCCGGCUUCAUAGGCUGCAUCUCCGGGGUGAGAUACAACGUCUACGCCCCCUUAAAAGCCUUCUUCCGUCCAAAUGAAACCGACCCUCCGGUAACGACACAAGGCUACGUGUCUGAGUCCAACUGUGGCGCUUUCCCUCCAAUCCUGGGUUAUGUACCAUGGGAGGUUGACCCUUGGUUUACCACCAUAGAGUAUUUUUAUAUCCAUGAUGACCUAGGCCUGUUUUGGAUAACAGUCAUUGUCAUCCUGGCGAUUCUGCUGCUCUUUGGAGGCCUGUACAGCAUCUACGUCUACGCGUACCAGCAAAAGGGCAGCUACCGCACCAACGAACCCAAGCACCUGGAAUCCCCCAGCAGCUCCAGGCCGCUGACGGAGACCCUGAGGCGAGAGAAGAAGAACCUCCCACAAAUAGAGGAGGAGUUCAGGAGCGACUAGCAUCAGAGGACCUUUGACACAGUGGGUGGGAAUUGACUGGGGGUUGGGGAGAGGGAACUAGCACUUAAAACAACCACAGAUACCUGGAUUAAGUUUUCUAAUUCUGUCAUUCUCUUUUUUGGUUCUCUUGGUUUGUGUUUGUUUCCCAGGGUUGAGUGGGAUCAGAUGCCUGGUGCUCUACAUAGUAUGUAUUUUGGUGAGGCUUAAAAGUUCACAUCAAGCCGUUGCGUGAGUAGCCAACAAGUCUCACACUGUAUUGCAGGGUGAAAUACUGAAGUGCCUCAUGUGAGCAAGCUUGAUCUGAAGUCACAUUAUAGCUUAUUCAGAGAGAGGUUAGAUUAGACACAGGGAGAUAGGAAUUUAAGGGAUGUUCAUUUACAUUUGGAACAUUAGUUGAAUAUAAACUCUUUUAAUCAUUGAUUUUUUUCCCGAGCCACUUUCAAGAUGCUUAAAAAAAAGAUCUUACUGUGUAGGUCAAUAGCCAUCUGACAUAAACCUUUCGAUGACAAUCUCCCAUGGAGCCCUUUUUGACAACACUGCUGGUGAUUUGUCUUGUGAUUCGAGCCGAUAGCCUAUCUGAGAAAGGGUGAGCUUAACCAGUGCUGAAUAAAACCUCAGAUCACAGACACAGAAUCUGGUGUUCCUGAAUAAAAACAUCCAACACAGGGGAGAACGCACUGACAAGCAUGGUGCUUUAAGAACCUACAUAUAGAUUGUGAAAGGUGUACACGCUUAUAUUCGUCGUAUUGCAGCCUAUAACACUGCAUUGCCUAUACAGUACGGCACAUGUGAGUGGUUCAGCAUUGCCACAGUCGCAAUAGAUAGCAACUCUGCCGAUCCCAGUAUGCUCAGACUCUGAAACACAUUCUCAGCUGUAGAGCUUCGGGAAUUAGUGUGUGAUGAAAUGUAGACAUUCGUCUAACGGGCAAUGAGGUGAUGAAGCCCAGCAGGGGGGGCGGCCUACAUAUCCAAGUUCUCAUUCCUUCUUACUUCUAGUCUUUUGUGUUAUGGUCCGGCUGCCAGUAGCUUGGUGCUAAAGAGAGUUUGACUUGCGUUCGUGUGUCACAGCAGCAGAGCUAAAGGAUCCAUCCUCCCGAAAUCCUUUUCAUCCCUCAUGAAGAGCAGCUUUCCAGAAAACAGCUGCUCCCAGUGGCCACGUGAAGAAGCACACGUAUGAACACACAUGCACACACAGCGACAUAUGUACAGAGGACCACAGGAGUGCAAAUGCUAAUCUUUUACUUCCAACUCAUACCGCUGCAAUAUGUUUGCGCAUUGCUCUAGGAGAGCUGACCAUGCCGUCACCGCGCUGCUUCCCGCUUAUUUCGGUGCUUUCAGUGGAAAGUCCCAAAUUCUACCUUUAUAGUCCAAUGGAAUAUUCUUCUCUGGCAAGGUGAAAUUUUGCUUGAUGUGUGGUGCAACCAAUGCUUCAGGCUAUCAUCGCUCACUGCAGCUCUCCUUGAUACUAAAGCCCAAUUGUGUAGGUCUAUGUGGUAAAAGUCGUAGAAGAUUUGUAACACAUUAGCUUUGCAUUUGUAGAGCAUGACCGCACUUUGCAGUAAUAUGCAAUAAUAUGAGCUUCUUUCAACCACCAACGAUGCGAGCGUUUGAUUUGCAGAUGCACAUAGCAAGUAGGAUGUAAUGAAUGUACACGUGAUUAUACAAAUAUUGUGUUUUUUUUUUAUUAUUCCUGUGAUUUCUAUACAAAACAAAUUGAAAACAGUUAAAUGGAGUGCGUUGAAUGCAAAUCCUCUGACUGUGUAAUGUAUAAGUGAACGCUACAUUGAAGCCCUGCUCAAGGGUCUUCAUUGUAGCCCGCUUAGCACUAAAGGUAAACUUAUUCAUGGUAGCUCUUCAGAAUGCUCAGGAUAAGGGAAGUACAGACCAUGUUCUCUGUAGCACUAGUACACCUCCAAAAGCUCAGCAUUGUUUGUUUCCACCACUAAAAAAUUGACAAAAGCAGUGCAAAAUUGUACAGUGAAAGGAUGUAAAAACUGCAAUCACCAUUAAGUCACUGGUUCCUAACAAUGUAUGGAAAUGAAUAGAUCCGUCCCCAAACUGUUGUGUGUUUUUAAGAGCGACACAAUGUGAAUGAAAAUGAAAAGUGAGAAAACGGAGUGAAACUGUCGAUUUGAGAUUGACACCAAGAAUAGUUUGUGCUUUUGUUAAAUAGACAAUCACCACUCAAAGUUCAUAAUGGGCGCAAGCCAACAAACUUGGGCUUAUUAUGCUUUGUCGCCUAGUAGGAAUAAGUAAACAUGCAGGAUUUAAAUGUAUGAACCUCACUGUACUCAACAGACUAUGAACAUUCAUCGCCACUCACUAGUUAAUCAUGCGUGGUCCCUGGAGCUUGUGCGUGUGUGUGUGUGUGUGACUGAAUGAAUGGUUAGAUGUUUGUGUAUUCCUGGUCGGCCCACCGAGAUACGGAUUUGAAAAAAACAACAGUCUUUUAACAAAAAUCGAUCAUGUGCACUCAUGCCAACCUUCCACCGUACUCAUUGUCGUGCACUGACCGUAGAGCGAGGCGACGGAAACGAGGCCUGCAUGUAGCUCAUAGUGGCUCUUCGGCCAUUUGCAAACUUCAUGCACGUUGAAACUUGCUGCUCGUAUCCUAUAUGAAGGAAAGGGAGUAGGAAGGCUGUCAUUAGCUCGAACUGGCUAUCUGCCCAUUUCACCAAAUGUGUAACUUUUCCAGGGCUGCUUAGUGCUUCCUGAAAUUUAGCCUAAAACUAACAAUAGACUUUAAAUACGAAAGUUGGCCAUGCGAAAAACCUCAUUUCAAUACUCAUAAAGGCCUUGAUACUUUUACAUACUUAUGUGAAUUUGCAGAUAGCCGGUGAUAGCGUAGACCCGGCAGGUCAGACCACCGUCUGCACCAUCAAACAAUAAUCCUUCUGCGACAGGUACCAGAAAUGAUUAUUACAGUUGUGUUUGUGAUCACACUGUCAUUUAGGAGAUAUUUUCUGUUUGUAAGUCGGGUUGAUUUUGUUUUGUAAUACUUCCACUGUAAAUGACCAUUACUGUGUAAAUCAAGGCAAAGCCAAACUCAAUAAAAGAAGCUUGAAGGAAAUUG